CCUCCCUGAAUGCGCAGCUGCUUACGUCUUGUCGCCCACCCGUGGACCUGCAUGCAUGCAUGUAAUAUAGGUAACCUUCAGGGUCAGGGCUAACUUCGACAUUCCACUCGAUCACACGCUCUUUACCUCACUUCCAAUCCACUCGCUUUGCGUAGAUUACGCCCUCUACACCUGUAUCGCUUCACAGAUACGGCAACACAACACAGAAAGGUCAAUGCAAUAAGCUCAUAAGCCCACAAGCUCAUAAGCCAAUAGGCUCAUAGUCAAGCUGCCUCUGUCCUACCGACGCCCAUCCACCAAAUGACUUCAUGACGAGCAUCAGCAGUGUGCCGUCAUCAACGACUACGUCCCCUUCAAGGUCUACAGUCCCCCAUAACACGCCUGGCGCUGCUCUAAAGGGUGCCUCCACGGCCUUUGCAAAGCCACCACUGAAACCAAAGCCAACCUUUCCGAACUAUGCGGGGGCCCAUGGAGCACUCAUAGCUGCUACAAAAGCCGGUUCGCAACAGAGCUCGCCUACAUACAACCCUUCAUUCGUGGGAUCAUUGUCACGACAGAGUACAGGAAGCAGCACAAGACAUUCAACCGCAAGCCCCUCUCCGUCGCGAUGGCAACCCCGAAAUCCUUCGUCAACAGAUAUGCUACACCUCCCGGUCGAUCCGGCAGCCAGUAGGACCAUUUCUCCUUCCAAUAUUGCGGCCACGCUGGCAGCAGCCAGACAUACUCCUAUGGUUCAUAAGCUACAACAGAAACCUAGUCAGACACACCGUGCGGGCGAAGAUAUGAGGGAUACAAUGCGUGGCGCACAUAGCGCUGCACAGAAGGCAGCAGCGCAUAAGAGUUCUUCCGAUGUCAUCAGACAGCAGGAAAUCGCAUCACAAGGCAGCAUCACCUUGCCGCCGCCUCCACAAGAGAAACCCACCGACGAGACAUCUAUACCUCCAACAUCUGCGCUAGUGAAAAUGUUCGAGCAAGCUAGAUCGACUAAUGGUUCUGAUGGUUCCAAGUCUGAUACGCCAGGUACGGAGGAAAACACCGUUCCUCAACCAGUGAUACUCUCGCCAACUCCACGAAGGACAUUCUCCAUCAAGAAGGUGGAAGAUGAGAGGAGCGUUCGCGAGGCAGCUAAAGAAGUCAACCAGUCAAUGACGGGUAGUUCAGCCCCGGCCCCGGCCCCUAAGCCGCAGCGGCUGUCGUCGAUAAAGAGUAUGAACAGUGAGAAACAGGCAGCUUCGCAGAAAAAGGUACUACCGACGCGCCACGUCCCCCAAUCCAAUCCAAUAAAUAUAUCAGCACUUCGACCUGCCACAGAUGGAGGGGAGCAGAUAUCGCCUGUCUCAUCUUACGCUUCUGCCGCCGAGACUGUCGACGAGGUCCAGGAAACGCACGUACCAAAGUCAAAACCAGAACCUCGUCCACCGCGGAGGGUACGACGGUCACAAACCGCUCUAGGGACAGCAACGUCCGUCAGUCCAUCGAAACUCAUGCCACAUAGAUUGAACAGACAAAAUUCCCUUCAGCGCCAAAUGACAGCCGAGCCAUACAUGCGACCAACGUCCGUUCCAAACUCUGCCUAUGGCCGCGAAAAUCUCCAACGUAUCACGGCCCACAUGACCGGCGACUCUCUCGCCAACGCGAUCGUUGGCGCCGCCCUCGCAUCAUCGAAGAAUCCCUCCCGCCAAAUCUCCCCGGCCCGGGCCGCCGCACCUCCUCUACCCCGUCGCCACGAAAGGCCAGGCCACAUGCACCACACCUUCUUUGGUCACAAGUCGCGGACGCCAAGUCCCAUCAAGCAACCUGGAAAGCUGCGCCAGACCAUGCGCAAAGAUGAGAGCUCGGAAUCCAGCUCUGACGAUAAUCAUCACAAGCGCAAGGGAAUGUUUCGGCGCAAACACCCAAACAAGCACCACGAAGGUGCGCGCAAGCGCUGGCGCGAUGCCAUUACAAUACACGAGCGCAAGCGCUACGAAGGUGUAUGGGCGGCCAACAAAGGGUUGCUUAUCAGUCCCGCGACCAUCGAGCCGCAUAAACGCUUUGGGGAUGAAUCGGCAGACGUCCUGGAUCUCGUGGUCAGGGACAUUUGGGCCAGAAGUCGGCUGCAGGACCACGUGCUUGAAGAGGUGUGGGAUCUGGUAGAUUCAAGAAAAGUUGGCAGGUUGACGAAAGAAGAGUUUGUGGUGGGCCUAUGGUUGGUGGAUCAGAGGCUUAAAGGGCGAAAGUUGCCGACCCGGGUUGGGGAGAGUGUGUGGGCGAGUGUGACUGGGGCCGGUGUCAAGAUCAGGUAUAAGAAGUAGAGAGGUGGAAAAAGGAGGUACUGCAUUGGGAUGGCGUUUGAGCCGGGUAUGGCACUUGAAUCUGGACGCGAGGUGUAACGAUACCCUAGAUAUAGAUCCAGACACCGCAUGCCUGACACCUUCAGGACACGGGCAGGUGGACUCGCAAGACUUUUUUUUAAACUUUUCGCGUUCACAGAACUCUUCAUCUGUUAUCUCAUUCAUCAUCUCCGAUAUGCGUA